GCAGGCGCGGGGGCCGGGCGCGCGGCGGGGCUGAGCGAGCGGGAGACGCCGACGCAGAACGCCGGGAGGAGCCAAGCCGUCCGGAGCCGCGGGCCGCGGGCCGCACAGCCAUGCUGCUGAGGACAGUGCUCUUGCUGACCCUGAUGGCCCAAGUGCUGAUGCUGGAGAAUGGCCUCCUGCGGACUCCUCCCAUGGGCUGGCUGGCCUGGGAACGCUUCCGAUGCAACAUUGACUGUGAUGAGGACCCAAAUAACUGCAUUAGUGAGAAGCUCUUCAUGGAGAUGGCUGAUCGGCUGGCCCAGGAUGGAUGGCGGGACCUGGGCUAUGUGUACCUGAACAUUGAUGACUGCUGGAUUGGUGGGCGCGAUGUCCAGGGCUUCCUGGUGCCCGAUUCCAAGCGCUUCCCCCAUGGCAUUGACUUCCUGGCUGAUUAUGCUCAUUCCCUGGGUCUGAAGCUGGGCAUCUAUGCGGACAUAGGCAACCUUACCUGCAUGGGCUACCCUGGCACCACUCUAGACAAGAUAGAGCAGGAUGCUCAAACCUUCGCCGACUGGGAGGUAGACAUGCUGAAGUUGGAUGGCUGCUUUUCCACCUCCCAGGAACGGGCCGAGGGGUACCCCAAGAUGGCUGCCGCCCUGAAUGCCACAGGCCGCCCCAUUGCCUUCUCCUGCAGCUGGCCAGCCUACGAAGGUGGCCUCCCCCCCAGGGUUGACUACGAACUGCUGACCAACACCUGCAACUUCUGGCGUAACUAUGACGACAUCCAGGACUCCUGGAAGAGCGUGCUUUCCAUCCUGGACUGGUUUGUGAGCCAUCAGAAUAUUCUGCAGCCAGUGGCCGGCCCCGGACACUGGAAUGACCCCGACAUGCUGCUCAUUGGAAACUUUGGCCUCAGCUUUGAGCAAGCCCAAGCCCAGAUGGCUCUGUGGACUAUAUUGGCAGCCCCACUCUUCAUGUCCAACGACCUGCGAACCAUCUCCCCUCAGAACAUGGACAUUCUGCAGAAUCCACUCAUGAUCAAGAUCAACCAGGACCCCUUAGGCAUCCAGGGGCGCAGGAUUGUUAAGGAGAAAUCCGACAUUGAAGUGUACAAGCGGCCCCUUUCCCGUCAAGCUACUGCCUUGGUCUUCUUCAGCCGCAGGACAGACAUGCCUUACCACUACCACUCCUCCCUCUCACGGUUCAAUUAUUCCGGCUCCAGGCUGUAUGAGGUCCAGAACGUGUUCACGGGGGAAACCAUCAGUGGCCUCCAGAAUAACACCAACUUCACAGUGAUCAUCAAUCCUUCGGGGGUAGUGAUGUGGUACCUGUAUCCCACCAAGAACCUGGAGAUAUCCAAGCUGAUGUCCCAGGAGUGAAGAGCUGAGACAGGUGACAGGCUGUGGCAGCCCACUGGGCCUGGACCAUGGCGCGCGGGCAUGCCCAGAGCAAGUGGGCAGGGUCCUCUCUCCUCCCUGGGCCAUGGCGAGCUGGCAAGCCGAGAGCAGGUGGGCAGGGGUCUCUCCACCCUGGGCCUGCUCCAAGACCUGACCUCAUCACACACACAAAGUGCAACUCAGGGCCAGCUUCCAGGCCCCACCCAAGUGUGGUCCUCUUGGAAACUCUGCUUGGGGCCUUCUUGGCCUCUCCUGGUCUCCACUGCUCUGCAGGUAUUGCUGCACACCCUGACCAGCCUCCUGAGCCCCACAGGUGGAGGGGCACCGAUGCCCACCAGACUCCAGCCUCUGACUUUGUUGUGACUCUGAAAUCAAGAUUUGGAAUUUUUCUAAUUAGGUAUAGAGAUCUAAGCCCUUGCUGGAAACUCAUGAAUCAUGUGAUUGACUUUCUUACUGGGAAAAGGCCUUGCAGGCUGAAAUCUCCUGGGAGUGGGGGUCGGAGAGGAGGUGUGUUGCUCCCUUCCAUCACAAUAAAGCUGUUCUUCAGUCAAA